AUUAAGAACAGUUUGGGGCACAAAGAGGUGAGGUCAACCAGACUUAUCAAAAGCCAGAAAAAGCAUGAAAAAGUGUAGAGCGACCUUGUGAGAAAGCGGGCGCUUUCUUCCGCUUUUCCCGUAAGCGAUGCUUCAAUGAAGCGGUCGCUUUAUCCCGUAAGCGCUUGACCAGUCAAAGAUUUUUUUUUUUUUUUUUUUGUCUGCGCUCUGCCAUUACGAUUACUAGGGUUGAGUCCGUUUAGCAGGACAAAUCGAUCGUUCAUCUACAGAGCUGCGACAACCAGAAAGCUGUGAUCGUUCAUCGUUCGUUCUUCUCUCUCUGAAGCCGACAACCAGAAGACCUCUCCAGAGCUGCUAGCCUGCGACAACCAGAAGAUUCUCCAGGAAGGCUCUUUUUGAUGGACAAUCUUGUGGAUUCUUUAAACAACGCAUACCUAGAAUUUGUUGCAGCAGCAGCCAAUGUACUUGAGUCAAAGGAGAGCUCUGGUGGUCUGAAAACUGGGGUGACUGAUGCUGCUCUAGAAAACUUCAAGCAACGUUGGGAGUUGUUCAGAGUUGCAUGUGAUCAGGCAGAGGAAUUUGUGGAGUCUGUGAAGCAAAGAAUCGGGUCUGAAUGUUUGGUGGAUGAGGCAACUGGUUCUCUUUCUGGGCAGCCAGCUGCUUUAGGUGGUGUACAGCCCAUCAGUGCUGUUCGGUUGGAGCAGAUGAGUAAAGCUGUCAGAUGGUUAGUGAUUGAACUUCAGCAAGGUUCUGGGACAGCUGGUGCCUCAUCCCACACUCACACUUCUGCUCCGUUUGAUGCUCGGUUUUCUGAAGAUGCAGCUCAAUAGGAAUUGCCGACAGGGUAUAGGCGUAAAAAGACCUCAACGGUGAUGAACUGAUGAUAUGAGACUGCAAGGCCACACAACACAUUGUUGAACACAAUUGUCUCCUUACUGUGUAACAUAUGUGCCAAGAGCUUCUUUUUUUAGACUUUUGGUGCUCACAUUUGUUAAAACCUGAUUGCUAGUGCUUUUCCCCCAGGUUAUAUAUUGCAAUUGCCUAAGGCUAUAUUGACAGUUAUGAGCUUCAGCCUUUUCUCCCAUCAACAUAGAUUCCACCUUUUUUUUAAAUGGUUCAUAUCCAUAUUAAACAUCAGCCUUCAUUAUUAAUGAGAAAAAAAAUCUUUCUAUUC